GAGCGGAGAACACGAGAGGGCGUCACAUCAAAACAUCAAAAUGGACAGAGACAGUGACUAUCUCGGCAAAUAUCGUGCUAUUUCUGGCAAAUUGAAGAAGCGUUUCUUACGCAAGCCAAAUGUUGCUGAAGCAGCUGAUGAGUUUGGAAAUCUAGCCAAGGUUUUACAUAACCAAGAAUGUCCAUCAUAUGCAGCUCUAUUCAGUCUAGCCAAGGCCAGAUGUGAACACACCCUAGCAAACCAUCCAGCUGAAGUCCAUGCUCUGGUGGAAGCGGCCCAUGAGUUCCUAGAUGCUGAGUGGAGCGACAGGUCCAUGCACUGCCCAAACUUUGAAGAGAACCUCUGUGCAGCCAUCAACUGCUACAACCACGCUGUCAGGGUGAGUAUUGAGCAUAAGCAGCCAGCCCUGUCAGCAACACUCUGCCUCCAACUAGGGAACAGUCUCAGGAGAUUAAAGAAACCUGCAGAUGCAAUGGGGCAUUAUCAGAAGGCAGCGGAACUUCAAUACCAGUGUCCAUUGGAUUGUCUGCAUUCAUUAGGGAAAGUUGCAUCAUGCAAAAUUGAAAUAGGUGAUUUUGAUGGUGCAUUAGCGGUCCUGACAGAGAUGGAAUACCUGGUUCGAGAUAGGGGUAUCAUAGGAUCUAAUAACCUACCCAUCGGAUCAUUCUCAGACAUCCUAGCUAGCUGUGAGAUCAGUAGAGUACUUCUUCUAAUGCUAUUACAGCCCACACCUCAGCGUAUACGACCGGAGCAUGCACAGACGUUAGAGAAGUACACCUGGGAAAGUGACGAAACUAACCCAGCUACUGAAUGCAUCACUGAAGAAGUCUUUCUCCUGCUCCAAUCAGUUGUGAUGGCUUGCCAGUCUAAAGACGCUGAAUCAUUGAAGAAACUACAGGCUGAUUUAUGGUGUCACUUAUCAGCAGAACAGAAUCACAUACUCCACCUAGUCUUGGAGCAGAUAGCACUACCCCCUCAAGAAGCAAGUGCAAUAUGAACAAGACGCCAUGUAUAGCACAGGAAACAAAACUUGGUCAUAUUCCAGAUUGAACAGUGCAAUAUCCAUGGACUGAAAGUUGGAUUUGAACGAUCAUCCACAUAAUGCAUGUACAGUAUGUGUGAUAGCGUUAUACAUCUAUACAUGUGUUCUUUGGGUUACAUGUAAAAUUAGGUUGGUAAAUUUGAUAACGAAAUAGGAUUUAUAAUUCUGAAGGUUCAUGAAUUUGAAAAUGAAUUUGGAAUUAUGAACCUUCAGAAUAUUAAACUUUUUUUCUUCUUCAGAAUUACAAGCCAAUCCAUAUUUCAUUUUUUAAAUCAUGAAACCCCUACUAUGAAAAUUUGUUAUUUGGAAUUAUAAAUGUAUGAACCUUUGGAAUUAUGAAGCAUUUGAAGAACAAACACUUUAGAAGAAAAAAAAGGAAAGUUUUCUCAUUCACAAAUUGAGGCUUUCUGUAACACCAUAUCAUUGCCUUACUGAAAAGGCUGAAAGGAUUUGCGAAUACCCACUACCCAUGAAACCUACAGAGAACAUCUAGUGUCCUCAUGCGUUUAAUGUAGGUCCUAUCAAAGUUCUCAUGCCUAAUUCCUAAUAUGGUACUUCUUGUUUAUGUUGAAUAACAUACAUUGCAUUAACAAUUUUGUAAAGGUUUUUAAUGAAUUCUGGAAAAAGGCCGUCGAUCAAAAGCUCUAUAAAAGACGUUGUGUGUUGUCUUGUGCUAUCCUAUCCAACUUGCAUUCAUAUUAUUCAGUUAAAACUCAACAAAAUGCUGGAAAAGUAGUAUCUACCCCCAUGUAGAAUACAGUUGUAGUUGAUCAAAUUUUCAUUCAAUUUUUUGUGGAGUCAGGACCGAUGCAAGAGAGAUCAUACCGUCUUGUGUCAAGCUUUUAUAAUUGCUUAUUUGCUGAGAAGCAAAACUUAUCAUACAACUCAGUAAGUCACUUACUAGAGCAAGAGGUCAUGUUUUAUUGAGCAUCUGUGUACAUCGUGUUCCAGUGUUUUCAAGAAUUGUAAGGUAGCCUAGCGAAAUGUAGUUCCAUGGCACAAAAACACGCGUUCGGACACAACAAGUGUAAUAGUAAGUGAUAUUUGCUAAUUCCAUUUUUUUUUUUGUGGAAAAUUUAGCCAACAUUAAGCCUCAUUGAGCUGGUAUAUGCAUUUAUCAGCGCCAUAUCCUAACAUUUGAUUUUGUUUUCAACAACAAUGCAAUUCACGUUUUUGACACGUCUUUUUGUGCCACAUUUCGCUAAGCAACCUAACAAAGGUCCAGUGAGAGAUAUUAUAAUAGGAAGAGAAAAUGUUUUUUAAAAUGUUAUAUAAAGUACUGUUGUAUAUUACGUGUAUAUGUAAAAUUUAGAGACCAUAUGUAAAUUGUAGAAGACUUGCUUAAUAAAAUGUUAUCACAU